UUUAUUAUAUAUAAAAAAAAAUAUAUAUAUAAAUCUUAUACUAUUGGAAUUUGGAUCUGAAAAGAAUUGAUGGUGCAACUAAAGAUGAAAGUUAAUAAGAAAUUGCUGCCAAUCAAGGGGCACUUUUUCUUAUUCAAUGCAGGUACUGCGCCUCUUGUGCCGUAUCUGUCAACGUAUGCGAGACAGCUAGGUUUUACUUCAGCAACAGUGGGAUUGAUUUACACCGUCCUGCCUAUAUUUGGUCUCUUCGCAAAACCACUGUUUGGUGUUAUUGCGGACAGGUUUCAAAUUCAAAAAUUGCUGUUCCAAGUAUUCCAAUUAGUAAUAAUAGUAAGUUUCUCGGCCAUAUAUUUCAUACCGGGAAAUGUAACGAAGGCGACCGUUGAUCUCGAUUGCGGUGAUGGAGCGUCGAUGCUCAGAAGUUGUUACAAAGACGCUGGUCAGAUAGAUCAGUGUAAGGUGAAUUCGCUCGGCAAGGAUAAUACCACAAGUGUCUGCAAGAUGAACUGCGACAUGGAUUCCCCGGACAUGUGGCAAACAGUUUGCGAACACUGGCACAUACCUAGCUACUGCUACAACAACGUGAACUCUAUCGUGUACAAGGCAAGCAUAAGUCAUAUCAUGGAGGCUGAUAAGUGUGUCCGUUUUAAUGCAUCCAUCGUUGAACUUAAUGACUUCCAAUAUUCACCAAAAUGUCGAAACAGUUCAGGAUAUGUUGAAUUGAACGAACCCUGCACGGCUAACUGUGAUAAUGACAAUCUUUCACAAUUAAUAAAUACAAGUAAAGUCAAUAUGACUUGUCAUGAUGAAAUGGUCGAUUUUCGUUUCUGUUCAUACGAUAGUAGUCAACUAUCUACUGUUAUGAAUGGAAAUGACUCUCUUGGUGAUUGUGAUAUGACAUGUGCAAUAAAUUCUCCGCUAGUGAUAAUGGAGAUAUGUGAAACAUGGAACGCCGAUACCGCCAUUACUUGCCAACCGAAAAAUAUUAAUGAACUACCUUCAAAUUUGACAUUUGACGCGACAUUAUUGCUACACAAAACACUAUCGGAACACAAAUGCGUUUAUAUUGAAGUCGAUCAUAUACAACUGAUUGAUGGUUCAACACAUUACCCGUAUUGCGUAUCGAAGAUAGAGCACAAUCCAUUACUACACGAAUUUCACUCAUUCUGUACCAUUGAAUGUGAUAAUGAUGAGGUAAACGAUGUGUUCCGGGCAGCGACAGAGAGUCAUAUAAAUGUGACGCAAUACACUAAACAGUUUUGGUUGUUCUUCUUAAUGAUGAUCAUCAGUUGGAUCGGACAAGCGGUUGUAGUGACGUUCGCUGAUACUAUAUGUUUUAAUUUAUUAGGUACAAAAAUAUCACACUACGGUAAACAAAGGCUAUGGGGUUCGGUCGGUUGGGGCAUAUUCUCACUAGUAACCGGGACCCUCAUAGACGCAUUCAGUGAAGGCUCGAACAAGGACUACACUGUUGCUUUCGUCCUUAUGUUUAUAUUCAUGUUGGGUGAUUUGAUUGUCUCCUGCUUUAUAGAGGUCGAAUCAACAAAAAUGUCAGUCAACAUAUUAGCAGAUGUCGGAUCUAUACUGUAUUCAAUACCUACGUUUAUCUUCAUAAUGUGGACAAUAGCUGUGGGUAUGUGUACGGGAUUGAUAUGGCAGUUUUUAUUCUGGCUUAUUGAAGAUGUGGCCGAUGGUACUUGUGACGGUUCGGACUAUGUGAAGACAUUGCAAGGAUUGGUCAGUGCGAUACAAAUGUUUGGAGGUGAAAUGCCUUUUAUGUUUAUAUCAGGCUACCUCCUAAAGAAGAUAGGACAUAUAAACUCUAUGACGCUAGUUCUGUUCGCAUUCGGAGUACGUCUCUUUUUGUAUUCAUUCCUGACAAAUGCCUGGUGGAUCUUACCCAUUGAACUGUUCCAAGGUAUUACUUUUGGCAUGUUCUACCCAACUAUGACGUCAUACGCCAACGUUUUAUCCCCGCCGGGAACAGAAACUACUGUCCAGGGUCUUGUAGGCGCUGUCUUCGAAGGGGUAGGUUCAUCCCUCGGUAGUUAUAUAGGAGGCGUGUUGUACGAAAACUACGGGGGUUGGAAUACAUUCCGCUGGUUCGGCUAUGGGGCAUUCGUAUCCUGUAUUCUCCACGCCCUAGCUCAGUACCUAACGAAGAACAAACACCCACAAAUGGGAAUGACUCAAGGUUUGACGAAUGUCGUUCGAUACGGACAAGGGAGCGAUGGAGACGCGGUAUACAUACUAGCUGAUAUGGACGAUGAUGCUAACGGUCGUUUGAAAUAA